AUGCAUAGUUCUCUCAAAGAAUUAGUAUCGCUGUAUUUUAUAAUUUUCUCCAAUUCCUCCCUUGAUUGUAAAAUUGCAUUAGCAUUUUAUGAAAGAAAGAAUAUAGUAUCUGAGGAAUUUGAGAACAUUUAUCAAAGACCAAGUGUAUCAUCAACUGGAUGUUCUAAGGUUUUCUCUGCCUUAAAAGAGUCUUAA